UCGAGGCCUAGAGAGAUGAUCCUGCUGGCUGGGAGUUGCUUCCUGGUUCUCAUGGGCGCUUUUCUGGCUCUCUUGCAGUCUAGCAUAAGCACUGUCACCUGUGAAGGCAGCCCCUCGAGGAUCCAACGCAGUCCUGGGCGUGUGGCACUGAGGCACUGGGCACUCCUGGGCACUGAGCCGAGUGGAAGGAGGCCACGCUCGGAAAAAGAAUUUGGUGUUCACCUGGCCGAGCUGACCGUGGAUCCCCAGGGGGCCCUGGCAAUUCGUCAACUGGCCUCAGUCAUUCUGAAGCAGUAUGUGGAGACGCACUGGUGUGCCCACUCGGAGAAGUUCAGGCCUCCAGAAACUACAGAAAGGGCAAAAAUUGUUAUCCGGGAGCUGUUGCCCAACGGGUUGAGAGAGUCGAUAAGCAAGGUGCGCUCCAGUGUGGCCUACGCAGUGUCAGCCAUCGCCCACUGGGACUGGCCCGAAGCCUGGCCCCAGCUCUUCAACCUGCUCAUGGAGAUGUUGGUGAGCGGAGACCUGAAUGCCGUCCAUGGAGCCAUGCGCGUGCUGACAGAAUUCACCCGGGAAGUAACAGACACGCAGAUGCCGCUCGUAGCUCCUGUCAUCCUCCCAGAGAUGUAUAAGAUCUUCACCAUGGCCGAGGUGUAUGGCAUUCGAACCCGUUCCCGAGCUGUGGAGAUUUUCACCACUUGUGCCCAUAUGAUCUGUAAUAUGGAGGAACUAGAAAAGGGGGCCGCCAAAGUCCUGAUCUUCCCCGUGGUGCAGCAGUUCACCGCGGCCUUCGUGCAGGCCCUGCAGAUCCCGGACGGGCCCACGUCCGACAGCGGAUUUAAGAUGGAAGUCCUCAAGGCAGUGACCGCCCUGGUGAAGAACUUCCCCAAGCACAUGGCGUCCUCCAUGCAGCAGAUCCUGCCCAUUGUCUGGAACACACUGACGGAGAGCGCGGCCUUUUACGUGAGGACAGAAGUCAAUUACACAGAGGAAGUGGAAGACCCUGUGGAUUCUGACGGCGAAGUCCUGGGCUUCGAGAACCUCGUCUUCAGCAUCUUCGAGUUCGUGCACGCGCUGCUGGAGAACAGCAAGUUCAGGAGCACGGUCAGGAAAGCGCUGCCGGAGCUGACCUACUACGUCAUCCUGUACAUGCAGAUCACGGAGGAGCAGGUUAAGGUGUGGACGGCCAACCCCCAGCAGUUCGUGGAGGACGAGGACGAUGACACCUUCUCCUACACAGUCCGCAUCGCUGCGCAGGACCUGCUGCUGGCUGCAGCCGCUGACUUCCAGAAUGAGAGUGCAGCCGCCCUUGCUGCUGCUGCCACUCGGCACUUACAGGAAGCCGAGCAAACCAAGAACAGCGGCGCUGAGCACUGGUGGAAGAUUCAUGAGGCGUGCAUGCUGGCACUAGGCUCCGUGAAGUCCAUCAUCACUGAUAGCGUGAAAAACGGCCGGGUCCAUUUCGACAUGCACGGGUUCCUGACCAGUGUUGUCCUCGCAGACCUCAACCUCUCAGUGUCUCCCUUCCUCUUGGGUCGGGCACUUUGGGCUGCCAGUCGGUUCACUGUUGCUAUGUCCCCUGAAUUGAUCCAGCAGUUUCUACAGGCAACAGUUAGUGGUCUUCAUGAGACACAACCCCCAUCAGUUCGGAUUUCUGCUGUGAGAGCCAUCUGGGGUUACUGUGACCAGCUGAAAGCCUCGGAGAGCACCCACGUCCUCCAGCCCUUCCUCCCCAGCGUCCUGGACGGCCUGAUUCACCUGGCCGCGCAGUUCAGCUCCGAGGUCCUGAACCUGGUGAUGGAGACGCUGUGCAUCGUCUGCACAGUAGACCCAGAGUUCACGGCCAGCGUGGAGAGCAAGAUCUGCCCCUUCACCAUCGCCAUUUUCCUGAAGUACAGUAACGAUCCGGUUGUCGCUUCGCUGGCUCAGGACAUCUUCAAGGAGCUAUCCCAGAUCGAAGCCUGCCAGGGCCCCAUGCAGAUGCGGCUGAUCCCGACGCUGGUCAGCAUCAUGCAGGCACCAGCCGACAAGAUCCCCGCGGGGCUGUGUGCGACAGCCAUCGACAUCCUGACCACAGUGGUGCGGAACACAAAGCCACCGCUCUCCCAGCUUCUCAUCUGCCAGGCAUUCCCUGCCGUGGCACAGUGUACCCUUCACACAGACGACAACGCCACCAUGCAGAACGGUGGAGAGUGCCUGCGGGCCUACGUGUCGGUGACGCUGGAGCAGGUGGCCCAGUGGCAUGACGAGCAGGGCCACAACGGGCUGUGGUACGUGAUGCAGGUGGUGAGCCAGCUCCUGGACCCCCGCACCUCCGAGUUCACCGCGGCCUUUGUGGGCCGCCUGGUCUCCACCCUCAUCUCCAAGGCUGGGCGCGAGCUGGGGGAGAACCUGGACCAGAUCCUCCGUGCCAUCCUCAGCAAGAUGCAGCAGGCGGAGACGCUGAGCGUCAUGCAGUCCCUGAUCAUGGUGUUCGCCCACCUGGUGCACACCCAGCUGGAGCCCCUCCUGGAGUUCCUAUGCAGCCUGCCUGGGCCCACCGGCAAGCCUGCCCUGGAGUUCGUGAUGGCUGAGUGGACGAGCCGGCAGCACUUGUUCUAUGGCCAGUAUGAGGGCAAAGUCAGCUCUGUGGCCCUGUGCAAGCUGCUCCAGCAUGGCAUCAAUGCAGAUGACAAGCGGCUGCAGGACAUCCGCGUGAAGGGCGAGGAGAUCUAUGGUGUGGACGAGGGUGUUCGCACACGCGCCAAGGCCGCCAAGAACCCUGAGCGCUGGACAAACAUUCCUUUGCUGGUCAAGAUCCUAAAGCUGAUCAUCAACGAGCUGUCUAAUGUCAUGGAGGCCAAUGCUGCUCGCCAGGCCGCUCCCCCAGAGUGGGGCCAAGACGACUCCAAUGACAUGUGGGAGGACCAGGAGGAGGAAGAGGAGGAGGAGGGCCUGGCCGGCCAGCUCCUGUCCGACAUCCUCGCCACGAGUAAAUAUGAGGAGGACUACUACGAGGAAGACGAAGACGAUGACCCCGACGCCCUGAAGGACCCCCUCUACCAGGUCGACCUGCAGGCAUAUCUCACGGACUUCCUCUGCCAGUUCGCACAGCAGCCCUGCUAUGUGAUGUUUUCUGGGCACCUCAAUGACAACGAGAGGCGGGUUCUGCAGACCAUCGGGAUCUAAGGAGCGGGUCUCUGUGCCUCUAGCCCUCCCUGCCCAGCUGCACACCAUUUCGCAGCCCACGGCCUGGAGGUGCACAUCCUUCUCAGCCCAGAGUGGCCUCAACCACGGCCCUGGCCUUUGCAGUGACCCUGGCGACAGUUGAGACCAGGCUUGUCUGUGCUGUCACUUAGCAAUGCUGGAACAGGACACUUCUCACCGUCCCCUUGACAAUGACCCGUCUCCACAACCUCUUUUCCCCAACUGCCCUCCCCUAGUUCCGGAACACACUGCUCACCAGGAGGACAUGUUCCCGGGUGGUUUGCCCACCUCAGGGCGCCAUGCCGGCCCUUACUCUACAGCAGUGUUCACGCUCCUGGGACGUCUGAUUUGCUCAGUGGGAGCACCCUGGAGGGAGAGAGCUUCUGCUCUCGAACGGACGCCCGCCUCUCAGUGGAAUGAGAGGACGCAGCUACCUGCCCAGGCUCCAGGGCCCCUCCCCUCCCACAUGCAACACUAAGACACUCGCCAGGAUUUUUCCUGUCCCUCCUGUUUGCAUGACCGCCCCUCCCCCAAGCUGUUCCCGUGUACACACACGUGCACACACAGGAAGCCGGGCAGAUGGCAGUCUGUUUCUCCUGUUUUUUUGUUUUUUUGUUUUUCUAGAAAUAGGAGAAACAGGUUUUUUUAAAAGUCCACCUCUCCAACCGUAUUUAAUGUACCUCCCCGCACUGUCUGGUGUCCAGAGGUAACUGUCUCCCUCAGGAGUCCUGACGUGAAUGGUAGCCCUCAGAUUUGCAGCGUGUAUUUUUCUAGGAGAGUAAAGUAAUCUUUACAGACGAA